AAAUUAAAAAACAUAUUGAUUCAACUAUGGUUGCUCGGCUCGUUUGACGUUUUGUAAUUUUCGUGAAAUUUUCAGGAUUCUUAAAUUUUCAGCUAUUCUAUUUUAAGAUCCAUGACUGAUAACAUUUUCUAGUAUUUUGUGUUAAUUUGCAGUCAGUCAUGUGCCCUGCGUCUGUUUUGGUGUCGCUAUGAAAUUAAUUCUAUGAAUAGUGCGAAGUGUCGUUUGGAAGGGUGGAACUCGAUUUUAAGUGGAUAAUAUGUUAUGGUACGGCAAGAAAGGAUGGAAAGGGCGAUGGGUGUGGGUCCUGGUGGCCAUCGCACUGUGCCCACUGGUUCUCGCGCAAAAAAUAGGUGACCCGUACAAGAUUCUUGGUAUACACCGCAGGGCCACCCUGUUCGAAAUACGCAAAGCCUACAGGCAGCUAGCUAAAGAGUGGCACCCAGAUAAAAAUGAAGAUCCCAAUGCAGAGUCUCGCUUUGUGGAGAUUAAACAAGCGUAUGAGCUUCUGUCAGACACCGAGAGACGGCAGGCGUAUGAUCUGUAUGGCAUUACGAACGAAGACGAACAUAUGUACAAACCAAGGCACGACUACAGCCAGUAUGCUAGAUUCAGCAAUGACCCAUUUGAGGAAUUCUUUGGCACCCACUUCAGAACACAAGAUCAGGAUAUUACAUUAUUUCACAAACUGUCUGUGACAACACGCCAUUUCGAAAACAACAUAAUCGAGAAGAGCGUCAACACGCCGGCUAUCGUCCUGUUCUACACCGACUGGUGUUUCGAGUGCGUCCGCUCGGCGGCGGCGUGGCGGCGACUUGUAGAUGCGUUGCAGCCAUUAGGCGUGACGCUAGCGACAGUCCACGCGGGUCAUGAGGCGGGAUUAGCGCGUCGCGUGGGCGUGCAUGGAGUGCCAUGUCUCACGCUGGUGUUGGAUAAACAUGUGUACAUUUAUAAGGAGGGGCUGUCGUCGCUGCCAAAGAUUCUAGAGUUCAUCCGCUGGAAGUUCCCGUACAAGCUGGUGCGCGGCAUAAACAACGGCAACGCAGAGGCCUUCGUGUCGGACUUCGAGGACAACAAGGUGAAGGCGCUGAUCUUCGAGGAACGUGCCACUAUUCGCCUGCGGUACCUCAUCGCCGCCUUCCACUAUAGAGACAGAGUCGCUUUUGGCUUCGUUGACAUGACGGCUCGCGAUACCCAGAACGUGACAGCCCGGUACAAGGUCCAGAGACAAACCGACACUAUGGUUCUCCUUAAAGAAGACAGUGAGGAGCCAGCAGCCACUGUCAGCACCACCGAGAUUCCAACGCAGACGCUGCACCAGCUGAUUGAAGCUAAUCAGAUGCUGACACUACCCAGACUGUCUUCCCAGAGCGUGCUGGAGCGCGUGUGCCCUGUGGAGUGGCGCGCGGCGCGGCGGCGGCUGUGCUGCGUGCUGGUGGCGCGCGCGGGCGCCGGGCUGCGCGCGCUGCGGCGGCUGGCGGCGGCGGCGCCCGAGCGGCUGACCUACGCCUACGUGUACGCGCACGCGCAGCACCAGUUCGUGGCCGCGCUCGCCGCCGGCGCAGGUGGGGACGCGUCUCAGAUGGAGCACCGCAUAGUGAUCAUAUGGCGCCGCGAGCCCACGCGCAUCCAGUAUGAAUGGCUCAACGAGACGUGGCCCGUUUGUGCGCACACGCACUGCACCGAGGAAUAUCCCGCCGAUCCCGCGCACAGGGAAGAAGUAAUACAGUAUCAAGAGCGUCUAAACGAGACCAAGCGAGCGCUGGAGCAACUUAUAAAGAGACUUCUGAAACCCACCGAAGUGCUGGCAUACGAAGCACAUGUUCAGGAACUCGUAGACGAAGCGGGUAGAAGCGCUCUGGGCGCGUUCGCAGCGCGCAUGUGCGAGUGGGCGGAGCGCUCGCUGCUCGCGCUGCGCUCGCACCACGCGCUGUCCGCGCUGUCCGUGCUCGCCACCGUCGCGCUCGUGCUCGCCGCCGGAUACCUCAUGGCGUACCUCAUUCGUGUCGAAGAAGAAUCGGUGCAGCGUAACAAGGACGAGAGGAAGAAACAAAAUGGCCUCAAGAAGAACAACAACGAACCGCAGCCCGAGAUGCGGCUCCACGAGCUGAGGGCCGAGAAAUACAAUGGAUUAGUCAGGUUGUUAAAACCGGGCUGCCGGACAAUAGUACUACUGGUGGACAUGCAAAGCCGGGUGCAGUUGCUAUCCAAGUUCCACAAGAUCGUGUGGCCGUAUCGCAAGAACAAGACGCUACUCUUCGCGUACCUGAUGGUGGAGCGCAACAUCGAGUGGUUCCGGCGCGUACUACAGCUGUCGCUGGGCGGCGGCGAACUUCGAGUCAACGCGCGGAACUGCGUCGGCACCGUGCUCGCGCUCAACCCGCACCGCAAGCACUUCAGCAUCUACCACGCCAAGCACCCCGAGUGCGCCAAGCCGCACAAGGUACCUCCCGCGUCAACGCACUGCGUCGGCACCGUGCUCGCGCUCAACCCGCACCGCAAGCACUUCAGCAUCUACCACGCCAAGCACCCCGAGUGCGCCAAGCCGCACAAGGUACCUCCCGCGUCAACGCACUGCGUCGGCACCGUGCUCGCGCUCAACCCGCACCGCAAGCACUUCAGCAUCUACCACGCCAAGCACCCCGAGUGCGCCAAGCCGCACAAGGUACCUCCCGCGUCAACGCACUGCGUCGGCACCGUGCUCGCGCUCAACCCGCACCGCAAGCACUUCAGCAUCUACCACGCCAAGCACCCCGAGUGCGCCAAGCCGCACAAGGUACCUCCCGCGUCAACGCACUGCGUCGGCACCGUGCUCGCGCUCAACCCGCACCGCAAGCACUUCAGCAUCUACCACGCCAAGCACCCCGAGUGCGCCAAGCCGCACAAGGUACCUCCCGCGUCAACGCACUGCGUCGGCACCGUGCUCGCGCUCAACCCGCACCGCAAGCACUUCAGCAUCUACCACGCCAAGCACCCCGAGUGCGCCAAGCCGCACAAGGUACCUCCCGCGUCAACGCACUGCGUCGGCACCGUGCUCGCGCUCAACCCGCACCGCAAGCACUUCAGCAUCUACCACGCCAAGCACCCCGAGUGCGCCAAGCCGCACAAGGUACCUCCCGCGUCAACGCACUGCGUCGGCACCGUGCUCGCGCUCAACCCGCACCGCAAGCACUUCAGCAUCUACCACGCCAAGCACCCCGAGUGCGCCAAGCCGCACAAGGUACCUCCCGCGUCAACGCACUGCGUCGGCACCGUGCUCGCGCUCAACCCGCACCGCAAGCACUUCAGCAUCUACCACGCCAAGCACCCCGAGUGCGCCAAGCCGCACAAGGUACCUCCCGCGUCAACGCACUGCGUCGGCACCGUGCUCGCGCUCAACCCGCACCGCAAGCACUUCAGCAUCUACCACGCCAAGCACCCCGAGUGCGCCAAGCCGCACAAGGUACCUCCCGCGUCAACGCACUGCGUCGGCACCGUGCUCGCGCUCAACCCGCACCGCAAGCACUUCAGCAUCUACCACGCCAAGCACCCCGAGUGCGCCAAGCCGCACAAGGUACCUCCCGCGUCAACGCACUGCGUCGGCACCGUGCUCGCGCUCAACCCGCACCGCAAGCACUUCAGCAUCUACCACGCCAAGCACCCCGAGUGCGCCAAGCCGCACAAGGUACCUCCCGCGUCAACGCACUGCGUCGGCACCGUGCUCGCGCUCAACCCGCACCGCAAGCACUUCAGCAUCUACCACGCCAAGCACCCCGAGUGCGCCAAGCCGCACAAGGUACCUCCCGCGUCAACGCACUGCGUCGGCACCGUGCUCGCGCUCAACCCGCACCGCAAGCACUUCAGCAUCUACCACGCCAAGCACCCCGAGUGCGCCAAGCCGCACAAGGUACCUCCCGCGUCAACGCACUGCGUCGGCACCGUGCUCGCGCUCAACCCGCACCGCAAGCACUUCAGCAUCUACCACGCCAAGCACCCCGAGUGCGCCAAGCCGCACAAGGUACCUCCCGCGUCAACGCACUGCGUCGGCACCGUGCUCGCGCUCAACCCGCACCGCAAGCACUUCAGCAUCUACCACGCCAAGCACCCCGAGUGCGCCAAGCCGCACAAGGUACCUCCCGCGUCAACGCACUGCGUCGGCACCGUGCUCGCGCUCAACCCGCACCGCAAGCACUUCAGCAUCUACCACGCCAAGCACCCCGAGUGCGCCAAGCCGCACAAGGUACCUCCCGCGUCAACGCACUGCGUCGGCACCGUGCUCGCGCUCAACCCGCACCGCAAGCACUUCAGCAUCUACCACGCCAAGCACCCCGAGUGCGCCAAGCCGCACAAGGUACCUCCCGCGUCAACGCACUGCGUCGGCACCGUGCUCGCGCUCAACCCGCACCGCAAGCACUUCAGCAUCUACCACGCCAAGCACCCCGAGUGCGCCAAGCCGCACAAGCGCAUGUCCCGCAUGACGCGGUCGCUGGGCGGCGGCUGCGAGGACCCCGAGGCCGGCGCCUUCAUCGGCUUCCACACCGAGCCCGACUCCUCCUCCUGCGACGAGGCGCCCGACCCGCCCGUGCUGCUGCAAGAGAACCUUCUAGACGGGCUGGAGAACUGGCUGGACCGCUUAUUCGAAGGCAGCACGCACCGCUACUACGUCAACUACUGGCCCGACAUGACGACCAAAUGAGCGCGUGCGCACCAACGCACGGUCACUCUCGCUCGCAGGAGAAGACGGUUGGCGAUUCGAUUUGGACCCAAAAUAGGUUUG